AUGCCCAGAACCCUCGCAUUGGCUACCGUACCCAACGCAUCAGGUACGGCCUCUGGUGAGGGCAAGGGGAAGCACACGAUCCCUCUAUACAACGUGCUGUGGGCUGAGCUGCGCGGUAAUGCUCUGGUUAUCGAGUACGCCGCGCCUCGAAAGUCGUCGCUGAAGCUGCAAUGCUGGUCGUUUACCAUCCCGAGCCCUGAAGUUGAAGCCGACGGCCCGUCGCCUGAGCUGUUCGCAUCGGCGCUCAUUGCGGCCGCGUAUGGCGAUGCGAAGCCGCGGAAGCGCGCAUAUGUGCUCAUCAAUCCCCAUUCGGGCCCUGGAGGAGCGCUGAAUAAGUGGAAUAAGUUUGUCAAGCCGCUGUUUGAAGCUUCGAGGAUGGAGCUGGAGGUGGUGACUCUGACGAGGGGCGGAGAGGCGACGGAGCUUUCGGAAAAGGCAGACAUCGAAAAAUACGACACCAUCAUGGCUCUGUCGGGCGAUGGAACUCCGUUUGAAAUCUUCAAUGGGCUGGGCCGACGGCCCGAUGCUGCGAGGGCGUUGACUAAGAUUGCCGUGAGCCACAUUCCUUGCGGAUCUGGAAAUGCGUUCUCGUUGAAUUGCAAUGGAAGCAAUGAUGUUGGAAUAUCAGCCUUGGCGGUCAUCAAGGGCGUGGUCAUGCCUUUGGAUCUCGUGUCCAUCACCCAAGGCGAAAAGCGCACUCUUUCGUUCCUGUCGCAGUCUCUGGGAAUCAUCGCCGAGAGUGAUCUGGCGACGGAACAUCUGCGAUGGAUGGGCAGUAAGCGUUUCGAGUUUGGCUUAGUGACGCGUGUUUUGAAGAAGAAGUGCUACCCGUUCGAUUUGUCGGUCAAGUUGGAGGUUGAAGGCAAAGAGAUGAUCAAACAGCACUACAAGAAAUAUGCUGUUGAUCCUAGUCUCUUGAGCGUGGAUGCUGAAGCAGAGGCGGGCGCAGAGGGCCUGCCCGAACUCAAGUAUGGGACUGUUCGAGAUGAGAUUCCCGCAGACUGGGAGACUGCUUCACAUGAUAAUAUUGGAACAUUUUAUGUUGGAAACAUGGCUUACAUGUCGCCCGACGCCAACUUCUUCUCUGCUGCUGUGCCCACUGACGGCUUCAUGGACUUGGUCUUGAUUAGAGCGGAUAUUUCGCCUAUGGCCGUCACCCAAGCGUUGCUUGCCGUCGAGUCUGGCAAGUUCUUUGACAACCGCAACGUGACGUACAAGAAAAUCUCGGCGUACCGCGUCACACCGCGGAACCAAGACGACGGCUACAUCAGCAUCGACGGAGAGCGCGUUCCAUUUGAGGCGUUCCAGGCUGAGAUCCACCGUGGCCUCGGGCGCGUCAUCUCGAAGAGGGGAGUGUAUGAGGCCGCGGGCCCCGCCGGAUGGGAGAAGGCAUAGGGAGCAUUCUGCCGGAUGGUUGGAUAACGUUGACGAUGUGCCUGUGUUUUUACUUGGAAAAGGGGAAAACCAAUGUGACAGCGCAAACAAGAGUUUUGGGAGAAGACAGAUCUCUGGCGAAAAUAAUUCAGCGGGAGAAAGCGGAACUUUGACACGUAUUGUGCGAAUUUGAGAAAGCGACAAGGCCAUUAAUGAAGAUGGGUGAAUUGGCCUCGGAUACCCUCAUUUUUUACUUUUUAUUUUUCUUUACCAUCUGCUAGGAAUGGAUAGUAUACCCGGUUUAGAGGGCAAGGAUGCUCUUAAGCUACCUAUACAGUGGUAGUAUUAAAAAACUUGUUAUAAAGCGUCAUAGAAGCGGAUUUAAUGCUUUGAG